AUCGACAAAAUAUUUCCAUGUGCAUCACAACAUAAUAAUACAACUGUCCAUUCGCUGCCAUUUUCCGCUUUGUUUAUUUCAUCUCAUAAAUCUCCUUUCAAUCUGUCCAUCAAUCACUCCAACACGCGCUCCCAGGUGUGGUGACGAGCACAACGCGGAAGUGAGUGUCAACAGCAGACAGCCUGGAGUCAACUGUCCACAGACACGAUGUCCAACAACCAAGAGAUACGAUACUGUCACCGAUUCUCCUACAUUUUGCUCAAGUUCACCUUGUUUGCGUAUGGCAUCGUCUGGUGGUUGAUAGGUGCCUUCCUCCUGGCCGUUGGCAUCUACGCUGAGGUGGAGAGACAACGCUUCAAGACUCUGGAUGGAGUGUUUUUGGCCCCGUCGAUAAUCCUGAUCCUUCUGGGAAUCAUCAUGUUUAUUGUUUCACUCAUUGGAGUCCUGGGUUCACUGAGGGAUAAUAUAACGCUUCUGAAAGUGUUCAUGUACACCCUCUCUGUGUGUCUGAUCCUGGAGCUGUUCGGAGGAAUAAUGGCGCUGGUGUUUCGGAACCAGACGGUGGGGCUACUGAACAAAAACAUCCGAAAAGGCAUCGUUAAUUACUAUGACGACCUUGACUUCAAAAACAUCAUGGACUUUGUGCAGAGGAAGGUAAG